UCUCGCGACAGGGCCAGGCUGGGCGGGGGCCUCAGCUCGGCUCCCAGUCGCCGCCUGCUCACGCGCUGUCCGCUGCUCCCGCUGACCCCUCUGUCCGAGCCUCAGACCGGGACGCCGCCGCCGCCACGGGCCAGGCGCGCCCAGAAGCCCCUCCCGUCCUAGGUGGAGUUGCGGGGACAGUGUCUACUACAGGCAAGGCAUUACUAAACUCUGAAGAGAGAACAACCCAGAGCAAGACGCAGCCCUCUCAGGAGAACGACAGCCACCCCAGCAUCUCACUUUCAUCAGCACUGUUGAAAGAAGAAGAAAAAAUGCCAGUGCUAUCUCCUGAAAUCAAAUUUGAGGCUUCUAAUGUUGCCAGAAAUUCCCUUGACAGAUGUUUUCUUUCUGAGAGUAGUUGGAGGAAAGCUGUUUUAGAAACACAAAAGAUGAAUAGAGAAUACACCACAGCAUUUGGUCUAGAAGAAUUCAAAGAAUGUGUCAAAAUGCCAUAUUUACGAGGAUUGCAAAGUUGCCAGAAAAGUGUAAGAUCAGCUCCACUAGAGGUUCAUAGAAGACUGCUGAGAGCUGAUACCCAGAUGCCUCCCAUCAGAAUAAAGAAGACCAAGGAGAUCUUUACUGUGGUACCACUAAAGGAGAAAUCAAAAGGCUCUGGCUUCAGCAAUUCUCUCGCUGGGGCAUCAUCUCAAUAUUUACAGAGACUUUCCAAAAUGGCCAUACUGGAAUAUGACACCAUUCGUCAAGAAACAACCAGAAAAUCAAAGAAGGGCAAGAAACGAGAGCUACAAGACUGCUUAUAAACAUCAUAUGGUGGGAUGCCUUCUUCACUUUUAAGCACAGGGAUCAGGCGGAGGACCAGAUGCUCCCCUUGCAGAGGCAUCUGAACGAGUGCGCUUGAGGAGGGCAGCUUGAAUAUGCUGUGCAGCCUGGAGAACC